GCAGCACAAAACAGAUAAGGCGGAUGGACACACGGCAGCCUAGAAGGAAACAGGAACAGACAGCUCUGAAAGACUGAAACUCACGGCCAUGGCCAUCCUGGGUGCCCUCAGGCUCGCGCCGUCUCCACCCGCCCUCGCCGGCGCCGCGCCACCGGCGACGUCGCCGUAUACGGCUGUACGCUCCUCCGUGCACUUCCGCCUCGCCAAUGCCGGCGCCGCCGCGCUCGUCGCCGCCUCGCUCCUCGCCGCCGACCCCGCCGUGGCUUUCAUUGGAGGAGGACCGUACGGGAAGCAGGUGACGCGGGGGCAGGACCUCACCGGCAAGGACUUCAGCGGCCAGACACUCAUCAAGCAGGACUUCAAGACGUCUAUACUGAGGCAGGCGAACUUCAAAGGCGCGAACCUGCUCGGCGCGAGCUUCUUCGAUGCAGACCUCACAAGCGCUGAUCUCUCUGACGCUGAUCUUAGAGGCGCUGAUUUGUCGCUGGCGAAUUUAACGAAGGCAAACUUAUCAAAUGCCAACUUAGAAGGGGCACUUGCCACUGGGAACACUUCUUUCAAAGGUGCCGACAUAACUGGGGCAGAUUUUACCGAUGUGCCGCUGCGAGAUGAUCAACGGGAGUACCUCUGCAAAAUCGCUGACGGAGUAAAUUCAACCACUGGAAACCCAACAAAGGAGACUCUGUUCUGCAGCUGAUCGACGGAAGGACCUGGGACUUGUGACUUAUUCAACGUCUUGAUAAACUUGCAUCUGCUGCUGUAAGCACGUGAGGAAUGUAAAUUGAGUUAUAGAGGGUUCCUAGAAAUAAUAACUGGUAAUUACGUGUAAAUCAACCAACAAUAUAAGUGUGUGCUGCCCUUUGAAUGUGCAAACGAUUUUUUAUUACAACUCAAAUAGUUGUGGUUCUUCAAGCA